AUGUUGUGUUGAUUUCCCGUAAUUUGUCAGUUACGUUGUUACCAGCUAGUUAUACUUAUCGCGGGGAUACCAUAUUCUUACUGAAGUUGGAAAUCUAAUUAAUGGAUUUAUAAAGCAAAUUGUCAGUACAUCUAAAAUUACAUUUCUUCAUAUUACUGAGGAAAUGGACGGGCCCAGUAAUACUGUAGCGACUGUUAGGACAGAAACUCCUACCCAUGAUGCACCUUGUUUGAAAAGAAGCUUCUCUGACAAUGUUGAUAGCGAGACCAGUGAACCACAAAAGAGACUGAAAAUUCAAAUAAAGACAGAUCCAUGCUUUCUGCCAAACGACGUGGUCCUAGUCGUCGAGGAUCAUCGCCUUCAUGUUAACAAAGAUUUACUUGAAAGUGCAUCCCCUGUUUUUGCGGCAUGGCUUAAAAAGGAGUGGCAAAACGGACAGAGUACCGAAAACACGAAACUGGAGUUGUCAUUACCCGGGAAAUCAUACACUGAUAUGUCAGUUUUCAUUAAGUGUCUCUUGCCGUCUUUUCCUGAACGAGUCACUGAUAAAACAUUGGAUAUAGUGCUACCCUUAGCAGAUGAGUAUCAGGCAGAUGGCCUGAUCCGAGAAUGUGUAAAGGUGAUCCAGCAGAGUGUGGAUUCUCUCUCCGAGGAUGACAUUUACAUUCCACCUUUUCGAAUUGUGGCAUAUCUACGCUGUGUUGAAAAGUUCCUUCUUGAAGAUGCGAAACCACAUGUGGUAAGACUAGCAUCAUACUUUGAGGGCAAGGAACUUUUAGCAGAACCAGAAUACAAGGAGGUUGGAUAUGAACUUCAACUGGAGGUAUCAAAUGCAAGAGCCGAACUGCUUGGAAGUCUAUUUGUGCUGACUGUUGAUGAAAUUACGGACAGAAUACAGCAGUUCAAAAUUCCUGUUUCUCACCAUUACCUCUUAGCCUGGAAGAAACACAUGAUAAACAUUUUGAGGAAAGAAGUAACUAUACGAGAGGAAGACAAACGUCUUCUGUUUAGUCACCGCCGAGAAAUGACUACAUCCCAGCUUCCAGUCAUCUUUGCUAGCAUGUGUAUUUGUGAUAAAUUCAAAUUCUUCCAAACCUAUGAUCUAUGCUUGAAGAGUUUAAAGAUUUUGAAAAUAAAAAAGACAGAUUUUGAAAGGCGUUGGGCCAACCAUUUUGCUGCUGAAGGUUUUGCCAAAGAAAGAGAUUCUGUGAAACGCCAUUCACUGCGGAUGUGUAACUGUGAUAGUUUUUGAUGGAAUCUAAAAUUCAUAAAACUGACAAAUGAUACCUGCUUGUUUUAAUUAUUCCUAAAUUAAUGAUGUUGGAAAAUAGUGUGGUUACAUGAUCAAUGUAUAUGAUUAAGUUUAAACAUACUUAUAUGGCAAACGAACCUUAAGGAGUUGCAUGACUGGUAUUUUAUGGCCAAAAAGUUGACAAAUUGGACAAAGUUGUAUCGCAAUUAUAAAUGCUUUUUCCUUGUAGUUUUAUAUUUGUCCACAUCAUGAAAUUGUUAAUGUGAUAUACAUGUUGAUAAAUGAUGAAAAAGUCUUGCUUUAGUUAGUCAAUAUAACGAACUGGUGGAAGUGAAGAAGUGCGUCAGUUUUUGUUUUAAUUUAACGCACAUGUAAGCAAGUGACAGAGAUGUUUUGUUGGACCAUUUUACCAUAACAGAAGACAUGGGAACACAUUUAUCAAAAUGAACGGGUUUUUGAUUAUUAUUAUAUAUACAUGUAUAUACUUACUGUUACACAGCUGGCUUAUCGUUGUUUUAUCAUGUUUAAGAAAUGGUCUGUGUUUUACAUCAUUUCACAAUUUUUUUUAUAUCCAAAAACAUGUAACAGGUCUUGUUAGGAAUGUACAAUGUUACAUGUAUAUCGUUAUAGUUAGGAUCUUUUAAGAAUGUACAACGUUACAUGUAUAUCUUUAAGAUCUUGUUAGGAAUGUACAACGUUACAUGUAUAUCGUUCAGAUCUUGUUAGGAAUGUACAACGUUACAUGUAUAUCUUUGAGAUCUUGUUAGGAAUGUACAACGUUACACGUAUAUCGUUCAGAUCUUAUUAGGAAUGUACAACGUUACAUGUAUAUCGUUCAGAUCUUGUUAGGAAUGUACAACGUUACACGUAUAUCUAUAAGAUAUUGUUAGUAAUGUACAACGUUACAUGUAUAUCUUUAAGAUCUUAUUAGGAAUGUACAACGUUACAUGUAUAUCGUUCAGAUCUUGUUAGGAAUGUACAACGUUACAUGUACAUCGUUCAGAUCUUGUUAGGAAUGUACAACGUUACAUGUAUAUCGUUAAGAUCUU